AGAUUUUUAUCUUCUUUAUAUAUAUUAAAAGUUGCUUCUGGAUUUGCACCAACCAACCUGCAGCUCAUUUAGCCUACGCUUGUGCGUCGAUCUUGAGUCAGUCAGUAGGUCAGGACAAAAAGUUUUAUGUACAGAGAUCUCCCAAUUCGCACUCUGGGGCCUUUGCUUGAGUAAAGACACAAACAACAAAAUCUCACUUGAAUUUCACCGGCAUCUAAAACAACUUUCAACGCACAGAGCUCAGCAAUUUAUAGAGCCGUAGAACCAGUUGAAAUUAAUGCAAAAUUACCAACAACAACAACAAUAUUAAAACUACAAAUAGAAUUCCAAAGCAAAUAAACAAACUGUUUAACUGUAAAACGGAAAAAAAUCGAAACGGUAUAAGCUGCCAUAUAAACAAAAGCACAAUUGAUGCGACUCAUGAUGAAUGAAUGGAGAGGCCCAGGAGGGUAGGGGCUACUACUCUGAAGAUGCCGCAAGGUGCAAAACCAUUUAAGGUGACAAGUUAAUUAAAAAUAUUUUAUAAAACUUCAACAAACGGAGUGAAAAGUGAGAGUCCAACGUGCCGACGAAGACCCGCGAGAGAAAUUAUAACAGAGAUCAAGACCCAAAACGAGGGACGCUCAACUUAAAAGAUAUCCCAAAACAAAAAACAAAAACAAAAAAAAUACUGGUUUUGAGAGCGCGCGCUUAAGAAAAAAAAAAGAAGAAAAAACAGCUAAAACCAAUUCAGACGUACAUAAAACUGUCAAUCCAAAGAGGCAGCCCCCCUCGAUACCCGCGGGGGUCUGUCGUUGACUUUGACUGUGGCUUUGGUCCGCUGCUGGCACUUAGCAUGCGCAUGCGCUACCGUUUUCUUGGCCAGUUGUAUUUUAGCCAUUAGCACGUACGGAGCUGGAGCUGAAGCCGCCUCAAGUGUGAACCCAAGUCGAGUUAGACGCAACUGAAGCAUGUGCGAGAGUUUUCAGCUAUAUAGAAACUAAAAGUGAAUUAAACUCAGCUACACGCACCGAGAGACUCUUUGGGGCUUGGCUUGGUGAAUUUUGUACUGUGAAAGCGAAAGUUGCGUGCAAAAAGUGGAGUUUAAUGUACACAUCACAUAUAAAUAUAUAUGUAUAUGCCUAAAAACUGAACAAACAACUCGAAAUACAAACAAAGCGUGCUUAAUCAAGACAAAAACAACAACAAUAACAACAACCGAAACAACCUUCAAGAGUUCCUCAACGAAAAGCUUGAAUAUGCCAGCGGCCAGUUCUCAUUCGCGCCUGUUCUUCUACCUGUUGUGCGUCGCUUCUCUCUUGGCCGUCUCGAAAUCGGAUACCGUGCCGCUGCAGCCACCUGCUGAGGACUUGGCAUACGAUGCCGCCUUGCAGUUGGGCAUACUGACGCAUCGCCUCAACCAGCUGGCCCACGAGGAGGAGUCUAGACAAUUGGGUCUCACAAACUUAACUCUCAAUUCUCUGGUUAGCCGCAUACCCUGUAAUUGCGACACGGGACUGUGCAAAUGCUGUGCAGGCUUUCUCGCCGUGGUUGGCAUGAACAGCUGCACAGAGGUCGCCUAUCGGCCUGAUGAGUUCUCCUUUGAGCUGCGCAUGCGCGUCAACAACAACAUUUGGUUCCGCCGCAAGGUAUCCGGCCAGAAUCCGCCACCCUUCUGCUUCAGGCCGCCGCGCUUCAAUUUUGCUCGCGCCUGCAUUCGAUUCCAUGAUAUAUGGUUUGUUGGCCGUAAUAUGCACGUCUGCAUGUACAUGUCCGGCGAAUUCCAGGGCUUUGAGCUCUUCGAACGCAACUUUGACUGCCUGUUGUUUGGUGACCAUGGCGUUAAGAUCGUUCCGCCCGAGCAGGGUUAUCCGGUGAGGCCGAAUGAUGUGGACAUAGAUGAUGCAGACGACGAGAUCGAGGACUAUGACGAGAAUGUUGUGCGCGGCUUUGCCGAAAAGUUAUUUGGUUGAUCUGGCAUAAGAACACAAAAUCUCUAUUCCCUAUUAACUUAUACCCAUCCGAUGACAUACUAUCUACUUCCUAUUCGCAACUUCUUUCUUCAACUAAUAAUCACACAGUCCUUCCUGCGCCUAAUCCCCAGUUCCUAUCAUUAUCACAAACGCAACCUUAUCCUCAUCCUUCAUCCUGCAUCCCAUAUCGUGCAUCCUAUCCUAUCCCUAUCCUACCCCAUACACCCUGCUAUUUAUUAUCAUAAAGCCCGCAUUGUUUAUUUAUUAAAGCAUCUGAAACGCUUUGUGGCUUGUCCUUUUA